CAGCUAUAAAAUAUCCUGCAGGUGUGACGGGACUCUGCAGCUGCGAGCCAAGAAGACUGAGGACUGCACACCUACAGCAGGUUGGAGACAUGGCCUCAGAUCAGGUGACGGUCGCUGCUUUGAGUCGUCCCUUUGCUUUGGGGAUGCUCUACGAUGCAAGGAGAGAUAAACUGAACACAGAUUUCACGCUGUGGGACAGAGAAACGAUUAAAAAAUACAGCACUAGGCAGAAUCAGGCCAGCACCACCUAUGAAAUUACUACAUCAGACUCCAUUGAGACCAAGUCUUCUCUGCUGGAUGUAGAUACAUAUUCUAAAACUAGUUGGUUGUGUGGACUGACUGAAAAGAGUGGGUCUUGCAGCUAUCUGAAUGAUAACAAGAAGUUCAAGAACCAGAGCAGAGUGACACUUCAGUUCAAAGCUACGACUGCAUUUGAACGGCUGGCAAUGACUCACCUUGAAGCAAAAACCACACAAAUACAAGACGUCAUUAAGAAAAGCAACGCAACACACGUAGUCACUGGCAUCCAAUAUGGGGCACAUGCUUUCUUUGUGUUUGACAGCGAGAAGCUGGAGAGCAGCAGUGUUCAGCAGACAAAGGGCCGCAUGCAGGCAGCAGUGAAGAUGAUCAUUGUAUAUAGUUCUGAGGCAAAAGCUGACGUCAAGCUGAGUGACGAAGAAAAAGCUGUGACUGAUAAAUUCUCCUGCAAAUUCUAUGGAGACUUCAUUCUCGACAGCAACCCUUCAACAUUUGAAGAUGCAGUGAAGACCUACUCACAGCUUCCAAAGCUCCUUGGAGGAAAUGGAGAGAAAGCAGUUCCUGUCAAAGUGUGGCUGACACCGCUGAAGAAACUGGACCCAACUGCUGAAGAGAUGAAGGGAGAGAUUUGUGUCGGGUUACUGAGGAAAGCUGAGAAUGCUCUAGAAAUCAUCAAAGAAAUGGAAAUGAGAUGCAAUGACUCUCUGGAUGAAGACGUGGUUCAGAGUUUUCCACAGAUUCGCAACAAGUUGAAGCGUUUCCAAAACCUCUGUCAAGAUAGUGGAAAAAAGCUGAGACAGGCUAUGAUGGAGACAUUCCCUUCCAUUCUUGAGGGUAAAGAAGACGAGACUUCACUGGAGAAACUCUUAGACAACCAGGAGAAGUCACCAUUCAGUCUGGAGAACUUAGACAAGUGGUUAGAUAAUACAGAGAGAGAAAUCAACGUCAUCAGGUCCUGUGUGGAAGUAAUGAAGGGGAUAAAAAUCACUAAAGAUGAGUCCGAGUUCGACAGAGCGGUUCUUGCUCAGGAUGUAGACGAUGUCCUGAGCUUUGUUUUCACCUCUGUGGAAACUGACGACCCCUACCUGGACCAGAUGUACAAAUACUUGCGUUGUCAUGACCGUUUCACUCCACCAACUAAAGACCACUGGUUCUUCUCAGGUGAAGUGGUAGCCAACCUGAGACAGAAAGCUGAAGAGUUCUGCAGCAUGGCCAAAGGCCUGAAGAGCAGCAGCAGGUUUAGUUUCAUUGUGGCAUCAGAAACAAAUAAGAAAUACAAAGGAGCAACCAUCUACCACUACAGGAAGGGCCGUCGGGUCACUGAAGACUUUUCAAAGCCUGCUGUUCCUUGUGUCGCUUCUGUGAAAGACAGACAAGAACUCCUCUGGUACGCCUGUGAUCUCACCUUGGACCCAAACACUGCAAACAACUACCUGAUUCUGUCUGAGGACAACAAGAAGGCAACGUGUGGAGCAUGGCAGACAUAUUCUGACUGUCCUGAGAGGUUUGAUACAAAGACUCAGGUUCUGUGCAGGGAGGGGCUGACUGGGCGCCAUUACUGGGAAGUGGAGUGGAGCACUGGUUCUAGUAAUAACGUUGGUGUAGCUGUUACGUACCAAAGCAUUGUAAGGAAGGGGAAGAGCAGCGAGGCAGGGCUCGGUUCUAAUACCAAAUCCUGGUAUUUUGGUGUGUAUGAGCAAGAGCUCAGUGGUUGGCAUAAAGAUAAAGUGUGGAGCGAAAGUCUUCCCAGUACCGGCUGCAGCAGAGUCGGAGUGUUUCUUGAUUGGCCUGCUGGCACUCUGUCUUUCUACAAAGUCUCCCAUAACACACUGAGUCACUUCUACACCUUCCGCACCACCUUCACAGAGGCUGUGUACCCAGGCCUCUAUGUCUAUAACACAUCCAACUAUGCUGCCCUACGCCCAGUUUAAUUAGAGCAGCAGAGUCGGUCACACAGAGUUAAAAACAUUUAGUACCAUGCUUUCGAAAAGUACCUUUAGCUUCAUUCUAUCAAGCAAACAUUUAAAUCUUUGGUGCUGGGAUAUUAUUUCACACACCAGCGAGAUAAAACCUGCCUAACAUGCUGCCGGUCUGUCCUGUAAGAGCAGCUUCCUCCCAUCCCUGGACUCUACCAGACCUCAGAAGGUCCUCUGUGGUACCCGACGGUCUAACCUCAGCAGCUCCUUUCAGCCUGCUGAUUGUCUUGUUCUCACAGGGCGUCACUUACAGAAGAAAACCCCAAACAUGUACCCUGCUGGUCACGUGAUGAAGAAGAAAUGUGGAUGGUCAUUAGUCUGAGUUUUGUCUCACUGCUGCAUGUUAUUUUAUAACUGUUAUAUUGUUCUUUGUCUUUAUCACAGCUUUAUGACUCAUAUAGCAUGAAAUCAUUAUUAAGGGCUUUUAUGGAUAAUUCAGUAUAAUCGCAUUAUAACAGGUGUUACUGAGGGAAUCUUAUAUUUACUCUAAUAUGUCAUAAUACUUGUUUUCUCUUAUUAAAACUGCUGUUAUCGUUAAGGGGACACUGGGUAUGAGUAACCCACUGAGCACGAGCAGUCUUCUUUUUAAAAUAUUGCUGGGGGUGGAUUCCUGAUGUGAUGGUUUUAUUUCAGUUUCUCUUACUUGGUUCAGUGUUUGCUGGGUUCUUAUUAACAGUAACAUGUAUAAUGUACAUUUAGAUGCUAACACUGGCAGAUCGAAGUCGAUGAUGAGGCAACAGGAGUCCGAGUUCUUUCUGUGAGCCAUGAAAAUAUCUCGAAUCAAGAUGUUGCCUGAGUGCAGACGGCUUAUUCAACCGUUGAAUCAAAUCACUGUCAUAAUCAUUUAAAUUAAUUAUAUUUUUCUGAUUUCUUUGUCCUAAAAUAAUCAUAAUGUGCCGCUCGGGAAAGCUCUGGGUAGUGUGUCAGCACAUCUUCCCACCCUGACCCAGAAUCCAUCCCAGAGUCCCAACAUGCUGUUAACAUGCUGAUGUUUGUGGAGCUGAAGCUCUCCUCUUUGUGCUGGAUGUCAUCAAUAAAGCUGGUCCUGAGCUGAA